AUGGAACCCUCACAUUUUGGUAACAUACCUAUUAAGAUAUGUUACCAAAAUGUGAGGGGUCUUCGGACCAAGUUAAAGGAAUUUUAUAUGAGUGUCUCAUCAAUCUCUGUAGAUUUGUUUGCAGUUACGGAAACAGGAUGUAAUGAUUCUAUAGCUGACGCUGAGUUAGUCCCUCCCAGAUAUACGGUAUUACGAUGUGACCGCGUGGAUGGGCGCAAGCAUGGUGGCGUAUGUCUCGUGGCUUCCCCACGCCUGGAACUGCGCCGCGUAAUUUUGCCCUGUGAUUUGCAUAUUGAAUUUCGCCCGUUUGAAAUAGUUUGUGCAACUGUCUAUUUAAAAAGUAGAUUUAUGUUUAUGUUAUGUAUUGUUUAUACUCCUCCAAAUACGAAUGAUGUUGAAUACUUUUUAUUGCUCAAAACAAUUGAAGAAUUUUGUUCCAAGUAUGAUGAUGUAUUAGUGAUCGGUGACUUUAAUUUAUAUUCUUGUUCAAACAAUGUAAAUACUUAUUUUUGGAAUUACUUUAGCAACUAUUGUGAAUUCAGUCAGUGUAACAAUAUACAAAAUGUUAAUGGCCGUCUAUUAGACUUGGUUUUGAGCAAAGGUAGGGGAAUGCAAAGCGUUGCGGUGUGUGAGGGGGAUGAACCUUUAGUACCAGUAGACGAUCAGCAUCCACCGCUUCUUGUGUGCGUGCGUCCACGCGUUUGGGCGGUUUCUUCAAGGGAUGAUGCGGCAAAAACGGAUGAGCGCUUGUUACAGUGGAAUUUUAAGAAAGCUGAUUUUAAUGCAUUGUAUUCUAAGGUUAGAGAAGUGGAUUGGUCUGAUGUAUACUCGUCUGAUUUAAAUCUGAGUCUCAAUUGCUUCUAUUAUAAGUUAAACUCUGUGUUUGAGGAAUGCGUGCCAAAAAAUUCCAGGAACCUAGGAUACUCAAGGUAUUUAUAUCCAAAAUGGUACACAAAGGAGGUAAUUAAAAAAAUUAAACAAAAAGCCUCGCUGCAUAAGAGAUACAAGGUCACUAAAUCCCCAGGAGAUUACAAAGAGUUUAGCUGUUGCAGAGCUGAAGUCAAGAAAUUAAUCGCUUUGGCUCUUGAAAAUUAUACUAAGGCUGUUAAAUCAAAUGUGAUUGAAGAUCCCAAGUCAUUCUGGAGAUUUAUUAAUAGUAACAGAGUCAAUAGAGAACCAUCGGGUGUUAUUGAGAACGGAGAGGUACUACCGCCGGAUAGGAGUGUUAAAGCAUUUGCCGAGUAUUUUAGCUCUGUUUAUGUUACGCAAAAGCCAAAGCUUGACGUCAGUGCAGCUGUUGCUGGAGCGGGUUGUUCAAACGGGGCUGCAAGAGUUCACGUUGGGAACUUACAGUUUAGCGAUAUACAGGAGGCACUUAAGCGACUUAAGCCAAAAAAAGGCAGCAGGCCCGAACGUCGGGUAAUUCCAGUUCCUAAAGUAGGAUGCCACGAUAAAGUAGAACAGCAUAGGCCAAUAGCUAUAUUGUCAAGUCCGGCGAAGGUGUUGGAAACUGCACUUCAAAAGUGCAUACUUAAUCAAGUGAGCUCCCAACUCUCAGAAGCUCAACACGGGUUUCGGUCUACGAGGAGUACCACUAGCAACCUCUUAAAUUAUAUGGCUAAUAUUAGCCCAGUAGUGGACAGUGGAAAGCAGGUGGACGCUGCCUAUUUCGAUAUUAAAAAAGCGUUUGAUUUGGUCGAUAACGACGUGCUUUUGCAGAAGUUUGCACAGGUAGGAUUCACUCCACACUUAUUGAACUUCAUGGCUAGCUUUAUGGAAGAUCGAAUGCAAUACGUGGAAUACGCUGGGUGUAGGUCAGAGGCUUACUUUACGAGAUCAGGCGUGACACAGGGCAGUAAUUUGGGACCGAUGGAAUUUAUGAUAAUGCUGAAUGACCUACCAAAAGUUGUCAAGAAUGCAAAGUGCUUGCUCUUCGCUGAUGAUAUCAAACUAUACAUGCCCAUCGAAAGUACAGACGACUGUAUACGGCUGCAGGAAGACAUUGAUCGAGUGGUAAAUUGGAGCAGGAGAAAUAGAUUAGGGUUUAAUUUGGCGAAAUGCAAAGUCAUAUCUUUCUCGAGAGCACGAUUUCCCACUCGAUACAAUUAUACUAUUAGUGGUCUAACGUUGGCUAGAGUAUCAGAGGUCAAAGAUCUGGGAGUAUAUUUUAAUGCCAAUCUUGGGUUUGCGCAACACGUCGAGAAGACAUGCAAAAAGGCAUAG